GUUCCUUGAAACGCUGUUGUUGUGUUCGGGGAUGAUUUUAAAAUACCAUACAGUUCCUCCUCAUAAAGAUUUAUGCAUAUUAAGUCCAGGUUUCCUUCUGCUGAUCUGGAUUCUAGGACGCUGAUGAGUGAGCAAAAUGGCGCCGGUCGAGGUUCACCGUGAACCAAGCGUCUUACCCACGGUUCUGGCAGUGUCUCAUGUUGCUGCGGCCGCCUAUGCCUCCUACACUGUCGGCCGAAGCCUUUAUCAGUCACAUAAGGCUCUAAGGCCGGCUGAGCACACGAGGCAUCGCCGGGCACAGCGAACCAAACUCGUAGCUGCGUUCGGAAGCUUAGCAGCCUUGGGUCUUAUCUUCGCCAUCACAUCUAGCUUGGACUACUUGACUCUCUCAUACAAAGUCUGGGCAUCUGAGAGGGGAAUUCAAGUACCAGACUCCCUCUUUGGAAACUGCACUAUGAGCACGGGCGCGGCAAACAAACCCAGCUUGCACCUUAGGUACUGGCUAAGUGACACGCCAGUUUACCUCGAUGCCGUGGAGAUUAUUGCGGAAAAGACUCGGAGAUGGUGGUGGGGCCAGCAGCUCGACCUUGCAACUCUAUCAUGGACUGCUCUACUUGUUGUUGAGGGCCGUCGACGCAGAAUUCCUCACCUAUGGGCAUAUGCUCUUCUUCCUCACCUUGUCAACCUGUCGUUUGCCCAGAACCUGUUUUAUGUGGCCUUGCUCCAGGCACCGUCACCGAUCACAGUGCAGGAGACGAGGAUUGCCCACUUCUUUCAUCGUAUGUUCCCAAAGAAGCCGAGUAACUGGUUCCCUAAGCCCGCCUUGCUCCCGGUACUCUUGGCUCUAAAUUACCUGGUGAUGCUUUGCAUCCCCGUCACAGCAGGAACGCCGUCCUUUCCAACAGCCAUUGUGCUGAGCAGGUUUCUCACUCUAGCACCACUGAUACUGCCUGCUAUUGCCCCGGUAUCCUGGGGUACUGUUCAUUCCGACCCGCGUGACGCCUAUGCUGGCAUCACCAAGCUCUUCAAUUGGAUAUCCACGGCGAGCGCUCUACUUCACGCCAAGAACACAGUCUCCGCCCUGCUCUACAACCUCCCCGGCUCCUACAAGCACCGGCACAGCAUCAAGAUCCCCUUCGACACUGAGAAACGAUCAAAGUGGGAGCGCACCGCAACGGCAUCCGAGAAAGUUCUUGACGCCAUGGCCGACCACCCGGUCGUCACCGCCGCCGGCAAGGACGCCCUGCUCUGCGCGCUAAGUCUAGGGCUGUGGGCAGCUGUCAGAUCAACAGACAUUCACCACAUGCUGCGCUCGAUGUACUCGUAUACCGGACGCUCCACACGAUCUGCGUCCGAGCUACGGCCAGGCAAGAGGGCGAAAGCCAAACCUGCUUCUUCUCGUGAAGAGGAGGAGUCAAGCACCCCGACAGUUCCCCCGCUCUCCAUGACGCUGCGCCGUCGGGGCAGACCAAAGAAGACGAGCGUGUCUAGCAUCGGCAGCUUCGACGGGCACGCCGAGGAUACUCCUACUAGUGUUGUCCAGCAGACGCCGCCGAGGCGGAGGGGUCGGCCGAGGAAGGUCAAGCCUGAGCCUGAGCCGGAGCAGAACGGAUUGGAGCCGGACGAGGAUGCUGACGACAAGCCGUAUGAGCCGACCCCGGCUGUAGAGGCCGACGUUGGCUUGGCGGAUGUGCUGCCCGAGGACGACUUUGACUGGGAACCGGCCGCGCUGGCUUGGGGCUUGACAGCUAUUGGGGGCCUGGGCUUUGGAAGUGCUGCUGUGUUUGGGGCUGAGUGUGUCUCUCGAUGAUGUGGGGGGAGCUGGAGGCCCUCCACGGCUCAGGGAAGAUGGAUGGGAUGCGGUAGGGUAGUUAGGGACAAUGGUGGAUUGCGAUUCUUUGGUUGGUUCGGUUGGUGUUACCAUCCUUCUUCGAGUUCGAUGCGACUAAGUUGAGUAACGUUUAGGUUUUGCUCGCCAGACACAUCGAUCAAUGAAUUUACAUGCAGAAGUGCUGGGCGAUCCCAUAGUGAG